AUGGCAGCUCAGAAGGCCAUCAUAGUUACAUCUCCUAAACAAGAAGGCUUGGUGACCGACCGUGGUAUUCCUGCCCUCCGUGACGAUUAUAUUCUUGUCAAAACUGAAGCUGUCGCCUUAAAUCCGACAGACUGGAAACAUAUCAAAUUCUUGUCACCCCCUGGCACGCUUGUUGGUUGUGACUACACUGGUGUUGUUCAAGAGGUGGGGAAUAAUGUCAAGAAGAGUUUUAAGAAGGGUGAUCGCGUGUGUGGCUUCGUCCAUGGUGGCAAUGCCGUACAGCCAGAAGAUGGCGCUUUUGCUGAAUAUAUCGUCGCCAAGGGCGAUAUUCAGAUGCGGAUCCCCGAUAACCUCAAUUUUCAGCAAGCAGCUACCCUUGGAGUUGGUAUUACAACUGUCGGUCAAGCCCUCUAUCAAAGCUUGAAUCUUUGUCUCCCUUCCGACCCUUUCCUUCUUAUCUACAGCGGCUCUACCGCUACUGGUGCGCUUGCCAUCCAAUUUGCCAAGUUAUCUGGCUACACUGUUCUGGCCACAUGUUCUCCGCAAAAUUUUGAUAUGGUCAGAAGCCUUGGUGCUGAUCGGGUCUUUAACUACCACGAUCCUCAAUCCGCUGAAGAGAUUCGCGCUUACACUUGCGAUCAGCUCCGCCUUGUCUUGGAUACUAUUUCCACGGAAGGUAGUGCUGCGUACUGUGAUAGUGCGAUUUUGGCUGAGGGUGGAGAGUAUAGUGCUCUACUUGACGUUGGGAUUGCUCGUGCCAAUGUUAAUGACCGAUGCACACUAGCAUAUAGUGCUAUUGGAGAGGAGUUCAUGUUUGGUGACACUCCAUGGCCCGCAAGCUCUACAGACAUUGAGUUUGCUGUUAAAAUUUGGACCCUUGCUGAACAAUUCUUGGCUGAUGGUAAAAUCAAGGUACACAGACCUAAGUUUAACUGUGGUGGCUUGAGUGGGGUGCUUGAAGGCCUACAAAUCCUCAAAGAAAAUAGGGGCAGAGGUGAAAAGUUUGUUCAUAACAUGGGCGAAAGUUCCUAA